AUUCCAUCACAUGCAUUUCUAUUGAGUCUGCAACUUUACUUUUCAUGUGUAACUUAACUUCUUAAUCACUUUUUCUACUCUGUCUAGAAACAAAAAUAUCGACAUACAUCAUGUUUUAAUUUUUCAAUCAACAUGGUUAAUUAUCAUCGGUGAUAAUAAUACCAUUCGGUUUUAAAUAGAUGUUACAAAACUGAGUGUUCACGUAAGAUGGAAUCCACAAAUGGACAUUUAUCACAUAAUGGUUAUAAUAAACAGCUUCAAUCUAUGUCAGAUCCUUCAUUUGAUUCUCCAUUACAUGUCCCCAAUUUUCCAGAAUCUCCAAGAAAUUAUCAAUGUAGCAACAAUGGAAGUUCCUUUAGUGUGAAGAGAACUUUGAAAGCUCAAACAGAUGAUUGCCCAAUGAAAGGUGAAAAUGGAGGAAAAGGAACGCAAGGAGAGCCGCUUGAUAUUGAUAAUAACGGUGGUGUCCUAGAAGCAGAUGAUCUAAAUUACACCAACAAUGAGGUAUUACAUACUUCAAAACAUUCUAUAAUGUUUUUCGUAUGAAAACAAAAAGAAAAACACAAUGUUCUAAGUUAUGAUAUACUACAUAUUCACUUGGAUAUCUUGCGAUCUUAAAACAAAUCAGACUCAAGCAAAUUGCAUUUCGUUAGACUCAACCUGACGAGCAUUGCAUAAUUGAUGCAGUAUAUGGGUUGGGAUCCACAAGCCACAUCUUCAAAAUAACUAACAAAAUUUACACAAUUUAUACAAUACUAGACUCAAUAGAAGAAUAUAUAUGUAGACGACACCAAGAAAAUUUAGCUUUAGAAAAGAUAUGUUAUAAUUACUACUCUUGGAUAUAACCUCUUGUAAUUUUUUAAAACGGUGAGACAUCAAAGUCUUAACUUUAUAAUUUGUAACUCUAUUUUUCUUGAUCAGGAUAAUGAGCAAUCCACAAUUGGUACAAAAACAUCUGAAGAAUUUAAGGAGUAUAAAAAGAAGGUGACACUGAUCUUGGAGGAGUACUUUGAGAAUGAUGACAUAAGCUCAACCGCAAGCGAACUGAGAGAAUUGCGAAUGCCUGACUACAACUUCUAUUUCGUGAAGAAGCUUAUAUCCAUGGCAAUGGACAGGCACGACAAGGAGAAGGAAAUGGCUGCUCUCUUGCUCUCCUCGCUCUAUGUUGAUCUAAUCGAACCCCAGCAAGUCUACAAAGGUUUCACCAAACUGCUGGAAUCGGCCGAUGAUCUAAUCGUGGAUAUCCCAGACGCGGUUGAUGUUCUCGCUCUGUUCAUAGCCCGAGCGGUGGUGGACGACAUUCUUCCGCCCGCUUUCUUGGCCAAGGCUGUCGCCUCCUUACAGUCUGGGAACGCUAAAGGAAUAGAGGUUAUCAAUCAGGCGAAGAAGAGCUACUUAUCGGCUCCACUUCAUGCUGAAGUGAUUGAGAGGAGGUGGGGUGGGAGCAGGAAGAGAACGGUUGAUGAUCUUAAGGGGAAGAUAAACAAUUUGCUGAAGGAGUAUGUGGUGAGUGGAGACAAGAAAGAGGCUUUCAGGUGCAUUAAAGAUCUGAAUGUUCCUUACUUCCACCAUGAGAUUGUGAAGCGGGCAGUGAUCUUGAGCAUGGAAAGGGUGGCAGCAGAGAGCAGGGUUUUGGAGCUGCUGAAGACAGCAGCGGAGGAAGGGCUUAUCAAUUCAAGCCAAAUCACAAAAGGGUUUAGUCGGAUCAUUGACUCUAUUGAUGAUUUAUCUCUUGAUGUACCAAAUGCAAAGUCCAUACUCCAAAUGCUGAUAUCCAAGGCCGCUUCAGAGGGGUGGCUAUCUGCCUCCUCUCUGAAGUCAAUAUCAUCUGUUCAUCCUCCUCACUUUGGUAACUACCUUGCAUUCAAUUACUCAGUCUUAAAAGUCUUUUUGUUCAUCAAGGGGACUAGAAAAACUAAGCGAAGGCUACUUUAGGGUACCCAAAAAUGCAUCAAUAUCAAUAAAGAAGGUACUCCAUAAUAUUUAUGCAUCUUUCCUAAUUUCCCCUAUAAUUUUCUAUAACUAUAUCCUUUAGGGAAGCAGAAUGUUGCAGCAGAGAGAAGCAUAGUGAAGCGUUUCAAGACGAAUGCAGAAUCCAUAAUUAAGGAAUACUUUCUGACCGGUGACAUUUUAGAAGUGAGUAGGUGUCUUGAAUCAGAGAUCAACAAUAACAGUUGCUGCCAGUUUUCUUCCGAGCUGAACGCCAUCUUCAUCAAGAAACUGGUGAGCCUAGCAAUGGACCGGAAAAAUCGAGAGAAGGAGAUGGCGUCUGUCCUGCUAUCCUCCCUAUGCUUCCCAACGGAGGACACGGUGAGCGGUUUCACAAUGCUGAUCGAGGCGGCGGAGGACACGGCCAUAGACAUCCCGGGGGCGGUGGAGGAUCUGGCGAUGUUCCUAGCCAGGGCGGUGGUGGACGAGGCUCUGGCCCCACAACAUCUAGAGGAAUUAGGAGGAGGAACCCAGAACAAUAACAAUCACAAAGUGGUGGGUAUGGCGAAAUCACUGCUAAAGGCGAGGCUUUCCGGCGAGAGAAUCCUGCGGUGCUGGGGAGGAGGCGGGAACGGGACGAACGGGUGGACGACGGAGGAGGUGAAGGAGAAAAUGGCGAAAUUGCUGGAGGAAUUCGAGUGCGGCGGGGACUCGAGAGAGGCUUGCCGGUGCAUAAAGGAGCUGGGGAUGCCGUUCUUCCACCAUGAAGUGGUGAAGAAGGGGGUGGUGAAGAUGAUGGAGAAGAGGUCCGGCGGCGGUGGCGAGAGGGUGUGGGGUUUGCUAAGAGAGUGUUUCGGGACGGGGCUGGUGACGAUGAAUCAGAUGAUGAAGGGGUUCGUGAGAGUAGGAGAGUCGUUGGAUGAUCUGGUUCUGGACGUGCCUGAUGCUCGAGACCAGUACCGGUGCUAUGUUGACCGGGCUAAGAUGGAAGGAUGGUUGGACCCCACUUUCAAUCCUGACUUUAUUGCCACUUCUGUUGGCUAUUAAAAAAAUAUUUAUGCACACACCAACUUAUUUUUAUGUAACAUGAUAUGUUUGUGAACAUACAAUUACAGGCAAAAGAAACAAAAUAGAUGUUCACAAAAUGACAUACACAUGUAAAAUAGUGUGUAUAAAAAUGUUUACAAGAAGAAUCUUUUGUAAUUAAUGUGAUU